AUGAUCAACCCCGUCUUAAAGCCACCUGCGUACCGCACUGUCUCUGCCAGCCUGCAGUCUGCGCAGCGCGCCGGCUUGUGCGCGCUGAGCGCCCAGUCUCCGCCAAUGAAGAUGGUUGAUUUCGUCGCAACUCUGUUCCAAGCAGUCACCACUAUCCAAGCCAUGUCUGACGAUACAUCUAGCCAGCCGCAAGUUCUCCGCCUCGGGUCGCGCGAUGUGUUGAUGAUACAAGUUGCGCUUAUGGAGAUAGCGGUCGACCUUGUAUUCUACGGCGUACAGACAGGCCUCUUCUUCGCCGCCGUGUCCGCUCUAGCACAUCAAGACAAUCGAUCGCGCCUUGUCACAGCGGCCGUCAUCCUCCUCUUCGUGUCCUCGACAUCCGAGGUCGCCCUCGAAAUUCUGUUCUAUGUCGUGCAAGCACCCAUGAUUCUUGCAACGGAUUUGGGAAGCGUUUACGACCUCCUUUUUCGCCUAUAUCUCGCCACCGAGAUUUGCUUCAGGUUCAAUUUUAUCAUGAGCGACGCGAUCGUGAUCUGGCGUGCGUGGGUGCUCUGGCGCGACAACCGCAUCGUUAAAGUCAUUCUCUCUUUGUGCAUGGCCGGAAGCUUGGUAUUGCCUAUCGUUGAAUGCGUAUUCUGGGUCAGGGAUGCGAUGGGGGAGCCGGUCCCUCACUUGAUGUCGCUCAUGGUCACGACGCCGCUUCUGGUCACGAACUCCGUCACUACAAUCCUCGUCGGCUUCCAAGUAUGGUAUUAUCGUCGCAAUAUCAAGGGAGCAAUAGGCCCAUGGAAGCGGUCGACCCAGGUCGAGAAGGUCCUUGUCCUUCUCUUGGAAUCGGGGUUCGCGUACUGUCUGAUAUGGGCGGUCCGCCUCGCUCUCGACGUAGCUCAAAGUGCUGGUCGUAUUGCUAUUCCCUACGCCGUUAUCACGAUUGCCUAUCACAGUACCGCCGGGAUUUAUCCCACCCUAAUUAUCCUCGUCGUCGCAAUGCAACGGUCAGCAACGCAAGACCUGGCGCUCAGUCAACAGAUAUCUCUACCCAUAAUGGAAGGAGAGGAGAUCGUCUUCCAGACGAAGAGCGGGCCAUCGAGAUCGGUCGACGAGACGCAUAGCGAAUGGCUAUCUGGGUCUUCGGUGAUACAAGAUAUCACUCAGGAAGAUCGAUCGUUGACUUCAGGCGAAGAGACUUUGCCCUACGAUGCCACCCAUGGCGAGCCGAAGCCUGUUGUUGAGCGCACACAGACAUCUUAG